AUGCAAAUUUUUAUUAAAACUCUCACUGGUAAAACAAUCACUAUUGAUGCUGAUUCAUCGGAUAAUGUCGUUAUAAUCAAGCAAAGAAUUGAAGAAAAAGAAGGCGUACCGGUAAAUGAACAACGUCUGAUUUUUGCUGGUAAACAACUUGAAGAUGACCGUUCUUUAUCGGAUUACAAUAUCCAAAAAGAAUCAACACUUCAUCUUGUUUCGAGGCCUAGAUUGAUCGACAUUAGA